AUGUCGGGACGCGGAAGGGGACGCACAGCUGCAGUCCUGGUGGAGUUACUGCUCACGCUAGCAGGAACGUCCGGCAACAGGAAGAAGAAGACCGUAGUGCAGUGCGUUCGCUGCCAAAAACUUGGCCACGUCGCCAAGCACAGUAGCGGCGCAGUCGCGUGCCUGAAGUGUGCGCAAGCACAUGACACACGCAACUGCAAGAAGGAGAAGAGUACUCCAUGUACCUGCGUCAACUGUGGCGGCGCACACGCGACGAACGCCCGUUCCUGCGCCUACAAGAGGAAUUGGCGCGGACCGGACAAGAAGACGACGCAGAAGCAAGUGGCCACCACACAUGAAGAGGGGGUCUCUCCUACAAAAGAAGACGUCUCCAGGCGUCUAAAGGACGCUGUACAAGAAGCCAUGCCCGCCUUCAAAUCCGCCACGGCGCAAGAGAGGACGGCCAUUCUCAGGACUGAAGACAACCACAACCACCGAGCAACCACAACCACCGAGCAACCACAACCACCGAGCAACCACAACCACCGAGCAACCACAACCACCGAGCAACCACAACCACCGAGCAACCACAACCACCGAGCAACCACAACCACCGAGCAACCACAACCACCGAGCAACCACAACCACCGAGCAACCACAACCACCGAGCAACCACAACCACCGAGCAACCACAACCACCGAGCAACCACAACCACCGAGCAACCACAACCACCGAGCAACCACAACCACCGAGCAACCACAACCACCGAGCAACCACAACCACCGAGCAACCACAACCACCGAGCAACGCGCAUAAAAUAUCUUGUUCCGUAA